CUGUGAAUGAAGCUCAAGUCUGAACUCCUGGGAGGAUGCUGGUUUUUUUUAACUGGCUCUUGGGGUGAUGGUGUGUGGUUGUGCAAAGCCUGGAACAGUGGGGGCAUUAGGACCAGGAGCCAGACGCAUGUUUGGCUCCCGUUGUGUCUGGCAGAGGGUUUGUGCAGAGCUGGAGCUAUGUGUGAAAGGAAAUCGGGCAGUGCCUGCCGGCUUUACAUCUGUUGAUCUGACCUGACUCAAGUCGUCCAAAGGAGGGUGUCUGUCAUCCUGGCUUGACUGAAUCCCCAGCAACUCGCCCCAGACAUCCCAUAGAACCUGACCAUUCAUGCAGAGAGGGGAAGAAACAUGGGACUAGCCACCAGAACAGAAUGGACAAGAGCAGGGUGAGAGGGGAGCAAGCAACACCACCGACUGACUGGAGACCCUUUUCAGAAGACAAUUAACAAAAUCCAGAGAGGACCCGGGGUGCCCCCGGGCUCCUGUGGUUUUCGGAUUCCAAGGGAAGUGGAUCUUACAAAUGCUGUUGGCAAAUGUCAGAUGGGAUAAAACGAGCAGGUGACUGGCAAAAAGCCUCUCAGCUGGAAUGAACAGCCCAGGUUCAAUGACAAGCUUGAAGGAUCUUGGAGUACAACGAGGAAGCAGACCUGAUCAGGACCUGUUGCUUUGGGCAAGCGGCUGCGACAUGCUCCUAAGGAAGCGGCCCAGGAACGGCUGUUGCAGGCUUCAGUUCCUCCUGCUCUUCCUGACACUGGGAUGUGUCCUGAUGAUGGUGACCAUGUUGCAUCCUCCCCCACCCACCCUGCACCAGGCUGUCACAGCCCAGACUGGCAAACACAGUUCUGACACUGGGUAUCCCCUGGUCUUUGGGGACUCCCAGGAAUGGGUUCUGGAGGCUGAGGAUGAGAGUGAGGAGUACAGCUUCUUGGAUGGUCUUCCGCCCUUUAUCUCCCUGCAAGAGGAUCAAUUGCUGGUGGCUGUGGCCUCACCCAGGGCUAGGAGGAAUCAGAGCCAGGGCAGGAGACGAGGCAGCUACCAGUUCAUCAAACACCUGAGCAGGAGGCAGGAUGAGGAAGCCCCUGAGAGGGAUUGGAGGUCUGAGGAGGAUGGGGAGGAAUCAGAAGAGGCACUGACCCCACUCAGCAUGAACUCAGAUGACCUCAACAUGGCACUCAGUGCCCGCCUGCCCCUGAGGAGAGUCCUGCCUGAGAUGCGGCACCCAAUGUGUCUGCAGCAGCAUCCUGCAAGUGGCCUGCCUACAGCCAGCGUCAUCCUCUGCUUCCAUGACGAGGCCUGGCCCACGCUCUUGAGAACUGUGCACAGCAUCCUGGACACAGCACCCAGGGCCUUGCUGCAGGAGAUCAUCCUUGUAGAUGACCUCAGCCAGCAAGAACAGCUGAAGUCUGCUCUCAGUGACUAUGUGGCCAGGCUGGAGACCGUGAAGUUGCUCAGGAGCAACAAGAGGCUUGGCACCAUCGGGGCCCGGAUGCUGGGGGCCACCAGGGCCACAGGGGACGUGCUGGUCUUCAUGGAUGCCCACUGUGAGUGCCACCCUGGAUGGCUGGAGCCCCUCCUCAGCAGAAUAGCUGAUGACAGGAGCCGAGUGGUGUCUCCAGUCAUAGACGUGAUUGACUGGAAGACACUUCAGUACUCUCCAGUCAAGGAGCCGCAGCGAGGGGUGCUGGACUGGAAGUUGGAUUUCCGAUGGGAGCCCCUGGGGGAGCAGGAGCAGAAGGGCCGCCCAUCCCCCAUCAGCCCUAUCAGGAGCCCUGUGGUACCCGGAGAGGUGGUGGCCGUGGACAGACAUUACUUCCAAAACACCGGAGCUUAUGAUCCUCUCAUGUCACUACAGGGUAGUGAAAAUCUUGAGAUGUCCUUCAAGGCCUGGCUUUGUGGUGGCUCCGUUGAAAUCCUUCCCUGCUCUCGAGUGGGACACAUCUACCAAAGCCAAGAUGCCAGCUCCAGGACUGACCCUGAGGUCAUUCUGAGGAACAAGGUCCGAAUUGCUGAGACCUGGCUGGGGUCCUUCAAAGAAACCUUCUACAGGCACAUCCCAGAGGCCUUUGCCCAGAGCAAGGUUGCGAAGCCAGACUGCACAGAACGCCUGAAGCUGCAAAGGAGGCUGGGUUGUCGGACGUUCCACUGGUUUCUGGCCAAUGUCUACCCUGAGCUGUAUCCAUCUGAGCACAGACCCAGGUUCUCUGGAAAGCUCCACAACACUGGACUUGGCUUCUGUGCAGACUGCCAAGCAGAAGGGGACAUCCUGGGCUGCCCCAUGACAUUGGCCCCUUGCAGUAACAACCGGCAGCAACAGAACCUGCAGCACACCAGCAGGAAGGAGAUUCUCUUUGGCAGCCCACAGCGGUUGUGCUUCGACAUCAGAGGAGAACAGGUGAUUCUGCAGAACUGCACAGAGGAAGGCCCUACCAUCCAUCAACAGCACUGGGAACUCCAGGAGGAUGGAAUGAUCAUCCACAUUCUUUCUGGGAAAUGCAUGGACGCUGGGGUUGAACCAGACAAUAUGGAUCUGCACUUGAGUCAAUGUGAUGGUAGAAGCAGCCAGCUGUGGCGAUUUGACCAGGUCCACCCUGUGGAUGAACGAUGAGUAACAGUAAUGAAGAGCAAGACAAACACUGAGCAUCACCUUUCUGCUCCUGUGUGUCCCGAGCCAGUCCCCUGCGCCUGGGCUUCUGGUGUAGGAGAGAAGAAAGUGCCAUAAAAGAAAGCAUAGAAAAUCUCUCCAUGUACCUUAUGGCAUUGAUUGUUGGCUGUUAUUUAGAAAGAAAAGCAAUGGCUUCAUUGUCUUCAUCACCAGACAUAAUUGUCAUGAAGUAAUGCAGAGUCUUUUCUUUCCCUACUGAGCAUUAACACUUGCUUUUAUCCCUGACUGGGGAAAGAGGCAUAGGCAUUGUCUGACAGCACUUUCAGGAGACAUCAAAUGCAAUAGAUAAAGUUCUUCAAUCUCACUCAGCACUUACUCGGAUGCUGUAUGUGUCCAGUCAUGAAAGUUAGAGCACAGUGUAUUUAAUGGCCUGGCAGUCCCAACAUUUUGAUUAGGCUUGCUAGAAUAUGUUUUGUAUUCAUUCAUUGAACCCUAGCUCAACAGGAAGCAGAAGGGAAUGGGGUGGGGAUGGGAAGAAGAAGGAGGAAGAGAGAUUUGUCCCCACUCUUCAGCUCAGGUUGGCCCACAGAAGAGUCAAACGGACCUAGGUAAGAUGUUUUCAUCUUCAGGCUAGUUCUCUUGAAACUCUCUACCUCCAUUCACCUGCUCUAGCCUUCUCUGGCUUAGUUACCCACAAGCAGAUUUCCUCUCAAUGUAGCCCUUCUUCAGUCACUAGUUCUGGAAGGAUCAACACAUCUGCGCAUUCUCAUGAACAAAGAUAUCAGGGUAGAUAAACUCUCGUAAUGCCCUACUAGGAGAGCUGUGCUGGCUUGACAAGAUAUAACAACGUUUGAAAAGGGGCAACCCUCUCUUGAGGGGAAUGCCAGCAUCAGAGCCCAAAUCCUUACAAAGCAAAAUAGAUUUGGUUAUUAAAUGUUUCUAAUGCUUACCAGGGCCAUCUAUGAACCCACAAAGAUUGUCAGGGGCCCCCUAAAUUUGGCUUCCGGUUAAACGCUCACAGUUGAGGGAAAUCCGCCUCAAGCAGAGCAGAACUAAGGCACAGCCACAAGGGCUGCUGAGUGAGUUAGGAUGUGGUUGAGGAAAAAACAAAAAAAACAUUCUUGCUCAUUUCUCUCUGGAUGGAAUUAGCUCUCUAUAUGGUAAACUUAGAAACUUUGCAUUAAAGAUGCCUUUGAUCUUUGGGCUAUUGUUUUAAAUAAGAACUGGGGAAUAAGUUUGUGUUCCUAAAACAUCCGACAUAAUAUGUACUCCUUCUCCAACUUCCAUGUCAAUGCCCACUGUGUUUCUCCCGCCUUAGAAUCGCUCUAGACUAACGCUAUCCAAUAUGAUGACCACAAACCCAGUGUGGCCAUUUUGAUGGAAAUUCACUACAAUUCAGGAAAUUUUCAAACUGUUCCUUGAUUAUACUGGCUACAUUUCAAGAGUUCAGUAGUCACCUGUGGCUAAUGGCUACCGAACCUGAUAACACAGUUCUGAAAUAUCCCACCGACACAAACAGUAUUACUGAAUAGCACUAGCUAGACCCAUUCCUGUGUAGGGAAGAGAUUUUAGCCGCCAUCUUCUUACUUCAGAUCUGUCUGUAUUUAAAACAAAUUCUUCUAACAUGUUGAGGCAGGGACGGAUCUUAAAAUUUUCAAAUGACCACCUUGUAAAGGGCAGUAAUGAUUGAAGAACAAACAUUUUUAAAGAUCUCUAUUCUGAAAUGAACUCUGUUAUUAGCAUUGUGAGUAUUUGAAGCUGUUGGGAUAAAUUAAUAUAGUUAAACAAAAGACUAGAUUUUGUUGUGUGAGUUGUACUUCAUGGUGAUUAACAAAAGGACCCAGAUGGCUUAUUGGUUAAUUGUUCUAACAAAAAAGAAUGUGGUAUUUCUUGCUUCUUUUACUAUCCCCAUGAUUCAUUAUUUUAUUACAGGAAUGGUUGUCAACUCAGUCCCUGGCUGGUACUUACAGAACCUUAAUUUAAACAAAGCAGACAUGUGGUGAUAUAUUGUGUCCCCCAAUAUAUUGUGCACCCUAAUAAAGCUUAUCUGAAGAUCAGAGGAAAAAGCCAGCCACUAUAGUAAACAUAGAAGUCAGGCAAUGGCAGCACACACCUUUAAUCCUAGCAUUCAGGAGGCAGAGAUCCAUUCUGGUCUUUGUGAGUUCAAGGCCACACUGGGAACAGAGCCAGGCGUGGUGGCACAUGCCUUUAAUCCAAGCACUAACCAUAGAGGUCUGGAGGUCUGUACAGACAGACAGACAGGAAGUGAUGUAGCUGGGCAGAGAGAAGUGAGACGGCGGGACAGAAACGCAUAUAGGCGUGGGUAUACAGGAAGUAGGUCUCUUUGGAAGCUGAGGAGUUAGUGAGGUGAGGUUGGCUGUGGCUUGGCCUGUUCCUCUGAUCUCUCAGUUCUUCACCCCAA